UAGCAGUCUUCUUCGUAGGCUUCGCUUCGCCUUGGAGGCGCUCUCUCCUCAGCUUUUUCGAGUCUCUCUCUCUCGCUCAUGGCCGUACCCGGAGGAUUCUUCUCUUCCACGGCGCUUCUCCGGCAUUGUCCUGUAUCGAAAACAGAGGAGGGAGGAGGAAGCUGCUUCCAUGUCGCGCCUCGCCGAGUUUUUCAUCCUCACCGCCUCAACACUAAUUCUGGGAGUGGAUUUCUCAACUGUAACCGUGACUAUUUUACAAGAACAUAUUUGCGGAAGAAUAGGACUCAAGCCAUAGCAGAGUAUUUGGGUUCAACUUCAGAUCCUAAGAAGCCAACUGGGAAGUCAAGUUAUCAUCCUUCAGAAGAUAUCAGAGCAUAUGUGCCAGAGAAUCCUGCAGAUUCUAGGCUUUCCCCUCCUGUAACUGCUAGAACCAUCAUUGAGGUGAACAAAAAAGGAACCUUGAUGCUUUCAGGAUUACUUGGUAUAGGAGUUCAUGAGAAUAUUCUCUGGCCUGAUAUACCUUAUGUAACAGAUCAGCAUGGAAAUAUAUACUUUCAAGUAAAAGAAAAUGAGGACAUAAUGCAGUCUGUUGUUUCUUCUGAUAACAAUUAUGUGCAAGUAAUAGUAGGUUUUGAUACGAUGGAAAUGAUCAAGGAUAUGGAGCUGAGCAGUCCAUCUGGUAUUGGUUUCGGGAUUGAAGAAAUCGAUGAUGGUGAAAGUGAAGUAGAGUAUGAAACCAAGGGGGAUGAGGAUAAAAGAGAAGACAAAGAUGAUGAGGAAUGGGUUGCUGUUUUAGAAGAUGGAGAUGAAGACGAUGAUUAUGUUUCGGAUUCUGAUGAAUCACUUGGAGACUGGGCAAACUUGGAAACAAUGCGGUAUUGUCACCCUACGUAUUUUGCCAGGAGGAUGGCCGAGGUUGCUUCAAAUGAUCCAGAAAAUUGGAUGGAGCAGCCGUCAGCUGGCCUUGCUAUCCAGGGACUAUUGAGUCGUGUUGUUGUGGAGGAUUACUCGGAUAUCCAGAAACAUAUCUCUGAUUGCAAGGCUACAUGUACUGACAAAAACAAGGAUGUAGAAAACUCAGGAGAGAAAUUUGAAGGCAUUAGUAGGCCAAGUGGAGAUGAGUCUGAGAUAUUGCAGGUUGAAAAUUCGAAAAAUGCCAUAUCGUAUUACAAGCUGGAGAUAAUAAGAAUCCAGCUCAUUACGGCACAGGGGCAUCAGACUGAAGUAAAAGUGGGAGACGUCAGGAAAGCACAACCUGAUGCUAUUGCUCGUGCAUCAGAUGGUAUCGUCUCUCAGUUAGAAGAAAAUGGUGAUAAACUAACUGACGCCCUCAGAUCUCUGUGUUGGAGGCAUAAAGGGCUUCAAGCAGAGGAAGUGAAGCUCAUUGGGAUAGAUUCACUUGGUUUCGACCUCAGGAUUUGCUCAGGAAUGCAAAUUGAGACAUUACGGUUUGCAUUCUCGAUAAGGGCAACAUCAGUACACAACGCUGAGGGACAGUUGAGAGAUUUAUUAUUCGCAUCGACACCUUCCAAACCGCAGAAACCAAAACAAACGAGUGAAAAGGAAUCUUGAUGAUGUACCUACAAGAAACAUAUUCAACUGCAAGUUUCUGUGUAUUAAUGGGAAGUGUCCCCUCACUAGUCAGACAUGAACUAACAACUCAUGUAACGGCUUAUUCUUGAUGCUGUAUCGUUGGGUUAUGUUUAUGCUUUGGGGGGGUUUCUCGUAAUCAAAAUAUAUGGAAAAAAAAGUAAAAAAUUAGAAUA